CUUUACUGUAACUUUUCACAAAGUAUGUAGAUAUGUGGUUUUUCUAUUUCUGAUUCUGAAUAUUUUUGGGCGAUAUGCUACCGCUCUUUGGGACCAUGCCGAAUGGCGUCAGUCUGCCAAAUCACCCCAAUUUCCUGAAUCAAUUGGCGGCGGCGAUUUCCACGGCAGCCACGGCCACAACUGGCAACAGUGGGUCAGUGGGCCCCACUGGACAAUCGCCACAGAAGCAGCCGCCCAAAAUGGGAAAACCACAACAGUUGCAGCAGGGCAGCGCCCCCAUGGAUCUGGAGAACGAAAACGAGCACGUUCCGGAUGUGACUUCGACCACGAGUCUGAAGGACAAGCUGGCGGCCACUUCCUCCACGCUUUCCCUUGCGGAUUCGGCUCAGCUCUAUCUGAACGGCCUGAUGCACACACCGCAGGGAUAUUUGUAUUUUCCGACAGCCCAGGCUGCCAGUACAACAGCGGCUGGUUCCACACCGAGUUCGAGCAACACUUCAGCAGCAGUUGGUGCAGGUGGAAGCGGCGCGAAUGCCCAAAUGCUCAUGGAUCCCACGGCCAUGAUGGCAGCCGCCAUGCAGCAGAUGCAACAGAUGCACUAUGCGGCCGCAGCUGCUGCUGGAAUGCCCACAGAGGCUGCAACGGGAAUAGAAGCGGCCCUUGCGGCAGAUGGAACUGCCGCGGCUGGCCUCAAGGAGGUGAUCAAGACAAAGAACUGCAUCCUGUUUCCGCCAAACCCGAAUGCCCCACCGCCUACGAUCCGCGAGCGACCACCUGGAUGCAGGACUGUGUUUGUGGGAGGACUACCCGAAAACAUUACGGAGGAGAUUAUACGGGAGAUCUUUGAAUCAUGCGGGGAUAUCACAACACUCCGAAUGUCCAAGAAGAACUUCUGCCACAUCCGGUACCGCCAAGAGGCGGCCAUCGACCGGGCGAUCUAUCUAUCCGGUUAUAGAUUGCGUAUUUCGGCGCUGAACGAGCCCCCCAACUUUGGUCGCUUGCAUGUGGACUACGCCCAGGCGCGGGACGAUCAGUACGAUUACGAGUGCAGGCAACGUCAGUUGCAGCGGGAGCAGCGCCACCGGGAGCGCGUAUCGCUGGACAGGAUGCGAUCACAGUCGCCGCCACCGAUACCACACUAUACGGAUCACGAAGCAACGGCGGUGGCGGAGCAUCUGCGCGCCAAUGAUACCUUCGUGAAGGCCAUCCAGACCAUAACUGCCUGGCUGGAGCGUGGCGAUUGCACCAAGCGGAAUGCCAACGUCUUCUACUCAAUGAUCCAGAGCACACAUGCCCAUGUUCGAAGACUGCAUGCCGACAAGAUGCAACUGGAGGAGGAUCUGCGCAAGGCCAGGGAGAGCUAUCGCAAACAAAUGGGCACCAUGUCCACGCAAUUCACUCAGAUUGAAAAAGUGUUCAAUGCCGCUAGUCACAAGAAGGUUUGGGACCAUUUCACCAAAGCCCAAAGAAAAAACAUCGAUCAAUGGAAGAAGUUAGCCACGGAACUGCGAACUGUCCAGAUCAACGAUGACGACGAAAUGGAAAUCUCCGAUGAGGAGAGGGAUUAUGAGAAACGCAGCGCCAAGCGAUUUCGUUAUGAUAGCGAGAGCUUAAAGGAUGAGAAUGACUCUCUGCGUUGUCAACUGGAAGCCAUGCGCCACGAUAUGACGGUGGAGCGCAGUGAUUACGUCCAACGCGAGAAGCAAAUCAAGGUGCUCCAGGAAACCAUUCGCAACAUGCAGACUCAGCUUUUGCAGACCAAGUUGCGGGAGCAGAAGGACUCCAAGACCAUUGAUCAGCUCGAGAGAAAUCUUAAGGACGCGGGUGUUAAGCAACUUCUCUUGAAGACUAAGAUCAAGGAAACCGCUGACAAGUUAAAGGACAAGGAGGCCAAUAGUGCUGGCACUUCGAAUGCUUCCAAUAACUCGAAUCAUUACUAUACCAGCGAGGACUCGAGUGACUCGGAACCCACUGAGAUUAACCGGCCACAGUCGGAGCCAGAAAUCAUUGAGAUUGACAAGGACGAUGAUGUGCGCAUCAUAGAGCACCAAAGUGGAGUGGUGGAGAUCCACGAAAUUGAAGACGAUGACAAAGUCGAGCCCUCCAGGGCUACAGAGGUCGAAAAACCAAAGGAGUCAAUUACAGAUAGCUCUAAGUCAACAAGUGUGGAGGAAGAUCUUACCUCUUCCAGCCAAGAAACCACCCCCAAUGCUCCAGCUUUAAAGGAAGCCAAAAUAAUAGCUCUUGCAUCCGCCUAUCUGGUGCUGCAUCCCCGUGGCGUGAACUUGGCCAACAUAGCCAGCUACUUAAACGAAAUACUCUGCAACAGUGAUGCUCCCACUAACCAUGAUGAACUUGCCAAUAUACUCAGAAAGUACACAAAUCUCUAUAAACAGAAUCAGGCCAAGUGGCGCUUCUGUGGCUUCAAUGAACCAACCGAAUCUCCAGAAAAAUCGCCAUAGGGGGGGAACAGUAAAUCGUAAACUGGAGACUCAAAUAAGAUGACAAUUGAACGCUUUAAUUAUGUUACAACUAUAUCAUAAUGCAUAGCAACUAAGGGAGGAGCAAAGUGACAUGUUAACCAAUGGAAAGACGCAGGCUUUUCGCUGCAAUCCCAACCUAAUGAGACCAGUUCCAUUUUUAAGGGCAAGUACUCGUAGUUAACUCUAUCAGAAGAAAGACACCACAAACUAACUACCGUUUCAAUUAUUUAAAAAAAAAACAUCUCAACCUUAAGAACACAUAUACACCUAAGCUAAUUGAAUUCAAUAUAUACAAUAUAUAUAUACAUCAAUAUUUUAAAAAAGCCGAGAGGCCGAGGGACGUGCUAAUUAAAGUCAGAACUGCUUUUGUUGAACGAAAAGCAAAAGAACGGAACCAAAUAAAUUUUAUUCUAA